AUGGCUUGGACCUAUACGUUGGCUAUGCGGUUUGUCGACUCGUCUAACAACCUCUCUUUGUCUGCUGCUGAGAGGAAUUGCCUUACAGCUCGGGUGCGGGAGCUUGAGGGAGAGCUUAACAAAACCAAUGCUAAAUUGUCAGAGGUCCAGACAAAACUUUCCAACUUGUCAUCGAAGAGGAAGGAAAUAAGGGCUAAGACCAAGAGGCUAGAAGGCAAGGUUACUUGCUUGGAGCGUGAGCUCCGGGAGGCCAAGGACACUGCGGCCGCCUCACAGCAGAGGGUUACCCUGUUGGAGGCCGAAGUCGAGGUCCUCAGGGCUGACCUCCAGUCAGCGCAGGAGAGGUGUGCUUCCUUGGAGGCGGAGAAGAUCCAUUUGCACCCAAUGGGUCUGACAUCUACAGGAUCAUUCAUUGGCUCUUUUAAGGUUAAUGGAUCAUCCUUGUCUGCAUUAGAAACAAGAACAUGUGCCUCAUGUUCCUAG